AAAGUUCUUCAACUCUAAUGUCAGUUGGAAGACGAGUUUAACCUUCUCCGAGAUCUUUUUUUUCCGGUUCGCGAACCACUAAUUCACCAAGAUGGUGAAGAUUAUGAAAGCUGGAAAGGUCGUACUGGUCCUCAGUGGCCGGUACGCAGGGCGAAAAGCCAUAGUCAUGCGUAACUAUGACGACGGCACAACGGAAAAGCAGUACGGCCAUGCAAUGGUUGCCGGAAUUGACCGGUAUCCUCGGAAAGUGCACAAGAGGAUGGGCAAAGGAAAACUGCAUAAACGAUCUAAAAUUAAACCUUUCAUUAAAGUGCUAAACUAUAAUCACUUGAUGCCAACAAGAUACAACGUUGAUAUACCAUUGGAUAAAGUAGCACCCAAGGAUCUGAAGGAUCCCAUGAAGCGUAAGAAGGUUCGCUUCCAGACCCGCGUUAAAUUCGAAGAAAGGUACAAAAUGGGGAAAAAUAAAUGGUUCUUCCAGAAAUUGCGGUUCUAACUCGUUUUAAAUAAAUCAUUGUAAAAAAGUCGCAAGUA